CGUGCCCUGCGCCCGCAACCCGAGCCGCACCCGCCGCGGACGGAGCCCAUGCGCGGGGCGAACCGCGCGCCCCCGCCCCCGCCCCGCCCCGGCCUCGGCCCCGGCCCUGGCCCCGGGGGCAGUCGCGCCUGUGAACGGUGGGGCAGGAGACCCUGUAGGAGGACCCCGGGCCGCAGGCCCCUGAGGAGCGAUGACGGAAUAUAAGCUGGUGGUGGUGGGCGCCGGCGGUGUGGGCAAGAGUGCGCUGACCAUCCAGCUGAUCCAGAACCACUUUGUGGACGAAUACGACCCCACUAUAGAGGAUUCCUACCGGAAGCAGGUGGUCAUUGAUGGGGAGACAUGCCUGUUGGACAUCCUGGACACGGCCGGCCAGGAGGAGUACAGCGCCAUGCGGGAUCAGUACAUGCGCACCGGGGAGGGCUUCCUGUGUGUGUUUGCUAUCAACAACACCAAGUCUUUUGAGGACAUCCACCAGUACAGGGAGCAGAUCAAACGGGUGAAGGACUCGGAUGACGUGCCCAUGGUGCUGGUGGGGAACAAGUGUGACCUGGCUGCACGCACUGUGGAAUCUCGGCAGGCUCAGGACCUCGCCCGAAGCUACGGCAUCCCCUACAUCGAGACCUCGGCCAAGACCCGGCAGGGCAGCCGCUCUGGCUCUAGCUCCAGCUCCGGGACCCUCUGGGACCCCCCGGGACCCAUGUGACCCAGCGGCCCCUCGCGCUGGAGUGGAGGAUGCCUUCUACACGUUGGUGCGUGAGAUCCGGCAGCACAAGCUGCGGAAGCUGAACCCUCCUGAUGAGAGUGGCCCCGGCUGCAUGAGCUGCAAGUGUGUGCUCUCCUGACGCAGCACAAGCUCAGGACGUGGAGGUGCCGGAUGCAGGGAGGAGGUGCAGACGGAAGAAGGAGGAAGGAAGGACGGAAGCAAGCAAGGAAGGAAGGGCUGCUGGAGCCCAGUCACCCCGGGACCGUGGGCCGAGGUGACUGCAGACCCUCCCAGGGAGGCUGUGCACAGACUGUCUUGAACAUCCCAAAUGCCACCGGAACCCCAGCCCUUAGCUCCCCUCCCAGGCCUCUGUGGGCCCUUGUCGGGCACAGAUGGGAUCACAGUAAAUUAUUGGAUGGUCUUGA